UACGGCGUGAAGAGAUCUCGUCUUUCUAAUAUUUUUUUUUCCCGGUGGAAACUUGAAGGAUAUCAGGGACGGAUAACUGAAAAUAGAAUUUGCCUCAGAGAACAAUAAACAUAGAUAUCUAUGUGUUUCUGAUGAAAACCAAUUCGUAACUUGAUGGCGACAGUGAACGUGGGAACGUGAUGACGUAUGAGGCAAAUUCGGCGCGCGAAACCUGGAACAGGAAGUGAGAGGAGCUGACGGAAAACUGCGGCCAAUUUGUGACUUCAAUCGCCAAGUUAACUUCAAAAUCUACAAACAUCCAUUAUAUUAUGGCUGACCCGAAGGACCAAGAAGAGCAUGAAACCACUCCGGAAACUGCUGAAGACUCCAAUCAUGACCCUCAGUUCGAACCAAUCGUGAGCCUUCCUGAGCAAGAAGUCAAAACUUUAGAAGAAGACGAAGAGGAACUUUUCAAAAUGCGAGCUAAACUCUACCGGUUUGCCUCUGAAAUUGACCCGCCCGAGUGGAAGGAGAGAGGCACUGGUGAUGUCAAGCUGCUCAGGCACAAAGACAAGGGCACAAUCCGCCUCCUAAUGCGGAGAGAUCGUACUUUGAAGCUUUGUGCCAAUCAUCAGAUUGUACCGAUGAUGGAGCUGAAGCCCAACGCUGGUAGCGACAGAGCCUGGGUGUGGAGUACACUAGCAGAUUAUGCCGAUGAAGAACCCAAACCUGAACUUCUGGCCAUACGAUUUUUAAAUGCAGAAAAUGCUCAAAAGUUCAAAGUCAAGUUUGACGAAUGCAAAGAUGUGGUCAGAAACAAACUAGAAGGGUCAGACAACACUGAUAGUGCAAUCAAAGUGGCAGAGAAACUGGAGGAGCUCUCGGUAAAAGACAAGAGAGAAGUUGAAAAGGAGACGGAGAAAAAAGAGGAGGCGAAGAUGAAGGCCGAGGAAAAGAAUUGAAGCACGAACUUUCUAUGCCGGUCUUUCAGUUGAUCCAUUUUCCUCUUUUUCUACAAUAGACUCUUAAUGAACUGAAUUUGGACACUUGAUGUACUAGGUUUUUUUUUUUUCCUUUUUUUUUUUUUUUUUUAAUUUGUUUUGCCUCACAAGUCCUUGAUACCACUUUGAGAACCAAACAAAGUAGUGAAGUUAUGAAAAUGAAGCCCCCACCCCCUUCUUCCCCUAUUGUUUCAAAACACCAGUGGAUUGCAAUACUUUCCAAUUAUGGUCAACACUUAAAUGUUGUGACAAACUGUGAAGAGGCUUGUGAUAGAAAUAAUUCCCACAUUGGGGUGUUGUUUAUUUUUUUUUUUUUUUUUUUUUUUUUUUUUUUUUUGUUGGGAGAUGGUAAUGUGGCCUGCUUGUUUAACAGCACAGGGUGAGGGACCUAGUGUCAUGGAAAUUGCAUAUUCUAGUACGUCAUGAUGAUGCAAUUCAGAGGGCCUUCUUGCCCUGGCCAUGAGUCUGCUGUUCCCGGGCUUCAAGUAAAUCUGUGACUUCUCUCUGGAGACUUGUAGAAUUAGUUCUUGCCAGGUCCAUUCUCAUCACAUCUGUGUGGCGGCAAUAAGUGGAGGGCCCCACUACAAUUUAGGACUAUCAGAUGCACUUAGCUGAUUUAAUUUUUGAUUUUUUUUAAACAUCUGAAAGUUUUUAAGUCCAAAGACAACAGUUUUUCAGUUUGGUAUACCUCCACAAAAAAUUAAGUUCCUGACCAGGAACUCUCUCUGUAACAUUCCCUGACUAAACAUGUAAAAUCUGCCCCUGGCCAUCUUGCUCAGCUCCAAUUCUUCUCACCAACCAACAUUUCUGAACCUCAAAAAUGCAUCCAAGUGCCAGUGCAUCUGUAAAUACUUGUACAUGGAUGAAAUGUUGCGUCUCAUUUGCACUCAAUGAUUGGAAAUGUUUCCUCCACUUUUGAAUAAAACACUGUCAACCAA